AUGGCCGACUCGACGGCCGUGUACGCUGUCGGCCACAUGUCGUUCAGCAGCGCCGUGCACGAGCACCAGCUCGCCGCUUUCUGGGCGCCUUUCCUCCUGCUGCACCUCGGCGGCCCGGACAACAUUACCGCCUACUCGUUCCAGGACAACCAGCUCUGGCUCCGCCACUUCACCAUCCUCGUCGUGCAGGUCCUUGGCGCGGGCUACAUCCUCUACAAGCACAUCGCUCUCGCUGGCGGCAAGGAUGGGAAGUUGCUCCGGCGCGCCUCCUUCUUGAUGUUCGUCCUCGGCGUCGUCAAGUACGGGGAGAGGACGUGGGCGCUCAAGUGCAGCACCCUGGAGAGCAUCGGCACCUCCGUCGACACGAAGCCGCCCGCCAUCCACAACCAUUUUCACCCUCAGGACGAAGUCACGGACGAGGAGUGCCACCUGCGACGAGCCCACUCGCUGUUCCACAUCUGCAAGCGUGCCAUCGUCGACUCCUCAGUGGUGGAGGAGGAUUCCGGCCUGGAUGAGCACACCAGCAAGCAUAGCCGUAGAGCGAUAGACGGCGUGGAGCUGUGGACGCUGAUGGAGAUCGAGCUCUCCCUCAUGUACGACGUCUUGUACACCAAGGCGGCCGUGGUGCACACCUUCUUGGGCUACCUGAUCCGCUUCAUCUCGCCGCUCACCGCCGCCGCCUCGCUGGUGCUGUUCCAGCUCACCCCCAAGGACGGCCACGACAGAGCCGACGUGGCCAUCACCUACGUUCUGCUGGGUGGCGCCGUGUUCAUGGAGACGACGUCGCUCCUGAAUGCGCUGGCAUCAUCUUGGACGUUCGCGUUCCUGAGCACCACCAGGUGGCAAUGGCUUAGGUACACGGCCCUGUGCAACAAGAGAUGGGACAAGCUCCGCCGCGCCGACGUGUGGCUUCACGAUCUUGUCAAGGGAAGAGUUGCCGGUAACAGCAGGUACAAGUCAAGAAGGUGGUCAUACACCAUCGGGCAGUACAACUUGCUGCACUUCUGCACGCGCCCCGCCGACACGCCGCUCACCAGCCCCCUGCUCGGGAGGCUGGCCAGGGCGCUAGCACCAGACGAGUGGUGGAACAGGAACCACUACUCGGCGACCGUCGAGAUGUCAGGUGAGAUCAAGAUUUGUGUCGCAAAGUACAUGGGAGGGUUGUUGGGCAGGGGGAAGUUCAACACAGGCAUGGUGAGGAAGAAAUGGGGCGAGGACCCACUGCAGAGCCGUGGGCUUUACCACAAAGGCAUCCUCAAGGACUCCCUCAGCUUGGAGUUCCACGAGGGCAUCAUCAUCUGGCACAUCGCCACCGAGGUCUUUCUCACCAAGAGCGAAAGAGCCAAGUGCGUGGACGCCGCACCUAGCGUGCAUGGCGUUAGGGUGCUAUCCGACUACAUGAUGUUCCUCCUGGUGGAGCGUCCCUACAUGCUGCCAGGCCAACCCCAAAAAAGCUUGUACCAACGAACUUGCGAGAGGCUGGUCACCAUGCGAUCUGCUGAUCCAAGGUACCCGACUCGUGCGAGCAUCAAGGAUUUGUUCCGUGUGCGCGAUGGACCAAACUCCAACAGUUCGAGGGUCGCCGAGAGAGAGGAGCUCGCGAACAACUUGUAUGAUGAGUACCAGAACCGGGAGUAUGACGAACUUGCUCCUCGCCUCAUUUACAUGGCUCGACUCGCCAAGGAGCUACUGGAGAAGGAGAGGGAUGGCACGACCGACUCCUUGGAGCUUGUCCUUGAAGUGUGGAUGGACUUUCUCAUUUACGCGAGCCACAAGUGCAGCAGGGAGUCCCAUGCCCAGAAGCUCAACAGUGGUGGUGAGCUGACAACCAUAGUGUGGCUUAUGGCAGAACACAUGUACCAAGCGUUCGUCGCAGAAAAAUAUGAUAUGGUAUAA